GGUAACGCAGGUGUUUGUUGUUUGUUUGUUUGUUUUUUUUACUUUAAUCUUAUAAUUCCUGCCUUUUACCGCUGAAAGGAAAUCUCCACCCUGAAGCACGCUAAAUACGUUAGAAUAUUUCUGAUGUGUUUAGUGAUGCAGGUUCUGUGUUUUCCUUAUGAAGAGAAGUUCGAGGUUGCGUGUCGUCCUGAUGUCCCAGCCAUGACGACGUUAUCGCUAGUGAAGUUAGCAGAUUCACUGAUCCCGAACGUAAGGGAAGUCCGACGCGUUUCUCCGUUAGCUUUUAAAAACAAAAGCGCUCGAGUUUUUCUCUUUUCUUUUCUUUUCUUUUCUCAUUCACCGCUUUCGAACAUGUUAACGAGAAAUCCAAGCGUAGAUGUGGUGACGUCUCAACACUCGAAUCGAAGUCUCAGAAUGCGGAGUUGCUCCGAGACUCGGCUGAGCUCGUCAGCGAUGGUGGUGUAUUGUUGGCGUGGAAGUCUGAGUAGAGUGUACGGAUGAGGAGGAACUAUUGAUUGUGUGGAAGAUGUGUCGCUCAGGAUGUUUACUGCUUUUCACAGCCUGCACUUUCCUGGGGUUGGUCAUCGGCGAGCCCACAGUCUUGAAGACCCUCAUCACCCGCCGGACCGAGUUCAACUCCAAAUCCAGCGAGUCUGAGAAAACCCGAGACGUUCCCGUGGAGAAAAUCCACUCUUUGAAAACUGAAGAAACUGAUAAGAAGGAGGAGAUGAGGGUCAGAACCGGGUUCGGGUCAAACCUUUAUCAGUCCCGAAGCAAGAGUAGAACCGGUCUCACCACAGCGCCCCCAGAUCUUAACUCUUAUCUCAACCUCCUCAGCGGUUUAUACCGCACGUCCCAGCCGGUACUGCUGGACGGCUUCCUUCAAGCUCUGGUUUGUCUGUUAGCCAAUGGAACACAGUGUGGGUGGCAAGCAGAUCUAACCGCAACUCUGGUUUCUAAGUCGAGCGUACCGCUGAUGUCCUUCCUGUCAUCCAUUAAAUCUCAGACAUGUCCGUUAAACGGCUUUCAGAGGAGUGGAGAUCCGGCUGGGGCUCCGCUCACCGCCCUUCACGAGUUGCUGAAUGCCACCUUGUCUCUACGGCUUUCCGAGAACUUUUGGACCGAGUGGAACGGUUUUAUUGACUUGUACUUGUCUCCGUUGAUGUCGGACGUCUCCUGUUUCAUGGUGGACUUUCUUCAGUCUUUAGUGGAACUGGUAACAGUCGUGUUGCAGUUAGGCAUCGAAGCACCUACGCUGAACCAGAGCCAGAAUUGUCCUCAGGGAGACCUAAAACAACUUCUACUAUGGGGCAUUAGCCAGAAUUUGAGCUGGUCCUUCGGAGAUUCAAUCCUGAACAUGUUCUUGACUCUCGGCGUUCCUCCAUGUAGCUAUACAGACGCGGCAUGUCAAAGCGCGUAUGAUAUCCAGAGCGGUCGCUCCGUCGCGUCUCCGGUGGACGACCCUAUAACACGACUGACCUGCAACGAGCGGGAUGUUACGCACCUCAAUAACACCCUCUGUGCAGAGAUUAUAGCCAGUAGAGCUCAGGUUCCUGAUGCUCUAUAUUAUCUUUGUGAAUAUCUGAGUACCUUAUCCCUCUCUGAAUUAACUCUGGUAUGGAGAAACACUUGCCACAUGAUGGAGCUUGUCCUAUCACCCCUUUUGGAACCCUGCCCACCCUUACCCUCGGAAUCGAGCCAGAGAGUCGCACGGGCGACCCUUAGCCUCAGCCAACUUUUCUGCAACUACGCGAACUGGACGUCGGAGGCCGUCAUCGACCCGGGUCUGGUCACUAUGUGUAGCGACAACGACCCUGAAGCUUUUCUCGAGGGCGUGUGCAGUAACGUUCCCGUGAUGCAAGUUCUCGUCGAGAACCCUAACAACAGCUGGGUUUGGGAGUACUGCACGAACGUGUCCGACAGAUACAUGAUCCGGCAAUUUUGCAUGUACGAGCUAUGGACUCCUCAAAUGCUUGACCCUUCUGUUGUGGCACUGUGCUGGAAUAAUGAUCAAGCGAAAAUGGAGAAGCUCCUCUGUCAGAGUAUGGAUUUUUACAUCAUGAUUUUAUCCAACAUCGAAAAUAUCUGGAUAACGCCCAACUGUACUGAGGUACCUACAUCUUCGCCGAACGACAUCGCCACUCUCGUAUCAGAAAUGUGCCGGUACUCGGAGUGGCGCAAUUUAAUAACAGUCUCGGCAGAUCAGAUAUCCCUGUGCAUACAAUAUGAUGAGCCUCGAUUUGUUCGAGAGGUCUGUGCUAACACCUCAUUCCUCGCUGCGCUAGUCCUCAACAAGGACAAUUAUUGGGUGCAACUGUAUUGCACGCUCCUUUUUAAAAGUUCUCCAACGGUCCCACCUGUAGUCUCGAGCACCACCGUAUCGCCAACAACUCCACAGAUCUCCAUCACUUCAUCACCAGUCUCUCCAAAAACGACCUCAACAGUGGCCACUCUUUCUAUCACAGCACUUUCUCCAUCUCUUGUCCUAACAACCCCACCAACAAUCGCCACUCUUUCUCCCACAACCCCUCUGGCCUUCACAUCAGCAAUCUCUUCCAGUGUUAAUCCCUCUCCAUCAACAGUUCCACCGGUGUCCUCCAGCACUGCUUCACCUUCCUCAUCGACGGUCUCCCUAACCGUCUCCACCUUCACUCUUCUUCCUAUAAUCAGCCCAACUCUCUCUGCUAGUGCUCUCUCAACCAUUUCACCAACAGUUUCCCCUACAGCCUCGCUAACUACAACCCCACCAACUGUCCACCCUACUAUUCCCAGCAUGUCUGAUUUGUGUAAAUAUUCCGCCUGGGCCGCUUUACCAGUGCAUCCAUCGGUAAUUGGUCUAUGUUGGAAAUUUGACAUGGCGGCAUUCCAUCUUAACGUAUGCUGUAACACGACAAUUUUAUCCCGUCUAACUCUCGACCCUCAGAACCAGUGGUUGAAGUCCGUGUGUUCUGUUAACGACACGUCAGACUUGCUUCCCAGAGUUUGCCUGUACUCGGAAUGGACCAAGCCGGUCAUUGUAGACAUGACCGACCUUGCUCUUUGCGCUGAUCUCGACACGGCAAACUUUGUCCGCAAAGUAUGCGCCAACACCACUGUUCUGCAGAACCUCCUAGCCAAUUUGGACAACACCUGGUUGCUGGAGCAGUGCUCCAAUCUCACCGGGUCUGGCACCGAGAAUCUGAUGGGCUUCAAGCCCUCCGAGCAAUGUCUGUACGCAAACUGGACGGUGACUCUUCCCGGUGCAGCUCUUCUGGUACUCUGCUGGGAUUAUGACCAAGCGAACUUCAUCUCGUCAAUCUGCGUCAAACCUUCUGUGCUGUCUCAUAUCGUUCGAGAUCCUUCCAAUGUCUGGGUGAGCGCUUUGUGUGCCACCUGCUCAAACUACACCAGGGUCAACCAGUCCAAAAACACCACCAACAGCAGCAGCUCGAGUAAUACGAAUACCACCGAGCUCCACCCUUGCCUGGUGAAAGAGUUGAUCGUCAGACUGAACUGGUCAUGCAGUAUAGACUUGAAUGCCGUUUGCCAGACAGAUAUCCCUCAGCUUCAGGUGUUCCAGGCGUUCCUGCGCUGCGGUGUGGAGGUUCUCCUGCCCCGUAUGGAGACAAUGAUGACUACAGAGGUCUCUACAAUGGUCAGACAAGCAACAAGUUUGUGGGUAAUUCUGCUGCUUGUUCUGGAAGAAAACGGAAUGACGACACCGAGGGUGACCGAUAACAUCGGACAGAGCAUCCUGGACUCCGUGUCUGCCUUCCUGGAGAAGGAAACGAGCUUCAGCAAGAAGCAAGUGGUCCUGCAGUGCUUUGCGAAAGUCCUCACCAGCCUGAUGCAAACAGGAAGAGAUGUCUCCAGUGAUGCCUCUUUUUUCAUCAAGCAUUAUUUCCAGAUCCCUCUGGCGAGUCUGAGAGCAGUGCUGAGUUCAGUGGACACGAAUACCAUGAGACUGAUUUUGCUUUACUACAACCAGAACCAGAAGAACCUUCAGGUGACUCAGGACUAUUUGCGCACCUUGGUGUCCGUCCCGAUGCAGCUCCACCUGAGACGAGACGAGACCCUGUUUUUGGACCUUGGCCCCCUCCUGAGCCUCAUGAAACCGGAGGACAUCGGCUCUCUCCCUCCGCUACAAACCAAUAGCGUUGUAUUAAACCUGAUUAACAGCACCAUCAGCAGUCUGUCACCGGAGCAGCGUCAGGCUUUCGGCUCGUGGUUCAGUCAGUCUCUCAGCGCGGCGAACGUGACAGCAGGCGGCCCGUCCUUCGUAACAGACAGCGGUCACCUGAUCGCAUACCUGCCGUUCCGCAGCUUCCAGAACCUCUCGCCUGCUCAGGUCUUGAACGGUCUGGAUGUUCUUCUGAGGAACGAUUUGGGAGCUGUGAAGCAGCAGUUCGUAGCUCAGAGUGUCAUCGGCGUGUACAAGGACCUCACAGCGGAUCAGUUCAGAAGGUUAGCCACCCUGACAUGCCAAGCUAACGUGAGUGACCUGCUGGCGUACGUGGACACCAGCGUGUUCCGGGUGAUCCAGGAGAACAUCAGGACGUGCGUAACACGGCGCAUGAGCGUUCCCAGCGAUAUGAUUUCCAGCGUGCUGUUUUUAAACGGGUCCGAGCUCCGGUCUCCUGGCGCUCUCAGUCCUCAGAAGAUCUCUCAGCUCGCACCGCUCCUGCCUCUGCUCGGGUCGGACUUUCUGCAGCAGCUCAGCCAAUCGCAGCUCGUUCCUGUCUUCAGUGCCCUCACCUCUGUUCCCUUCACACCUACGCAGGCUGCUGUGAUCAUAGACAAGAUCUCAUCCAGCUUUAAUUUGUUUGAUGCAGGAACUUUACCUAAGUUAGGCUCCCUGCUGAGUGGAUUGAGAGCAGAGUCUCUCUCCACGCUGUCCUCGAGUGUCCUGCUUUCCGCUCUGUCCAACUUCAGCCAGUACACACCUCAACUGACUCCUCCACAGGUCAACGCCAUUACAACACAACUCUGGGCUGCUCCAGGAGUGGUCACAUGGUUAGAUGAGGCGGAACCUCUGCUCUCUGGCACCUCCCUUCUGUGUGUGAUGCCUCAAACCCGCCUUCUUCUGACAAACAGCACCGCUCCUUACACACACACCUGGAACACACAACAGGCUAAAACUCUGUUUAAUGAGGUCAUGAGCAGCGCAUCGAGUCUCUCAGCGCAGCGCUUCAUGUCUUUGGGAACAGUCGUGCAGGGAGUGAGCUGUAAUGUUUUCUCGAAGCUUUUCCAGAACUCUAUAUCCGUGUCCUCCAUGCGCGACCUUCUGCAGGUCCUGAGAGAGCAGCCGGUGCCUCUUCACCCGUCUCUGAAAAGGUGUUUGUUUGAAGAAACGUACAAGUCCAAGUUCUUCUCGGAGCUGCUCGGUGACAUGGGCGCUCAGAUCGCUCUGUCUAUCCCGAUUAGUUCUAUUAAGAAGUUCUCCCCAGCGAUGAUGGACACUCUGAGGGAAAUGAUCGUUCUGGAUCCUCAGUACUUCCUGCUUAUGCCCAGGAUCAAGCAGGCCAUGCUGGUGGACAAGAUGGUGCAGAGCCUGGGCCUGAACACGGGAACGUAUACCGAGGUGGAGUUCCGUUCGUUGGGAAUUAUGGCGACGUUUGUGGUGGACGCAGUCUUCAUGCAGCUGGACAGGAGGUUCUUCGUGGACAGCAUCGAGUUUCUACGAGGUCUCUGCUAUAACACUAGUAAACGAGACGUGGUGGCGUCGAUGCUGCAGGAAACGGACACAUUCGGCCCAGUCCAAAGCUGGAACACAUCAACCCUGAUUCAAGUAGACCGGUUCCUCUUCUUCCUGCCACAAGAGAUCAUCCAGCUCAUUCCUCCGGCUCUGAUGAGUCUGGAGCGUAUCGAGAGGCUGUUUAGCAGCCAGCAGCAGUGGGAAAGCGGAGGCGUCGGCUCUCUGUGUGAACACCACGACGACGACGCGCUCUUAACCAAGAAGCAGUUUGUGCUUCAGUACUUCUCAGGCUUGCUGAAGCCAGGACGCUCGUCGCUGUCCGCCUCCAGCACACCUCCAUCCUGUGCGAGCGUGCAGGUGACCGGCCCAGCUGCCUGGCCCGUAAUCAACCUCGUGAACAUGUCCUCGUCGGCUUUCCGCCAGUGCCUCGAGCUCAUCGGCCGGGAUCCGUCCUUCACCUCCGACCAGCUCUCGCUGCUGCUCCGCAAAACCAAAGAGGUGUUCGGAGUCGUUUCGUCCUUCACGCCGUCCGUCAUCGCUCAGCUGGGCCGCAUCGCUACGCAGCUUUCACCGGACGAACUGGCGUCACUCGAACUGUCUGAAAUUCUCUCCAUCGCACCUUUAGGAGCUGUUAGCACCUGGACCAGAAAGCAGUUAGGAGUUUUGUUCUCCACCGUCCUGACCUUCACCAAACAAACCCCGAGCCAGCUGAAUUCCAGCUCUUUAGUGGCUCUGGGACACAUCGUUUGUGGGAUCGAAGCUCCUGUCAUCAACACUCUCAAUCCUGCAGAGUUCGGUAAGGCCGUGCUGUGGUUGGGUCGUCUGAACGUGUCGUGUUCGGAGGAUCAGCUUCAGGCCGUCAUCUCUCUGCUCACCAACAGUCUGGUGUUUGGACCCGUCAGCUCCUGGGGUCCGGAGGUUUUUCUCGAGAUCGGCGCGUUCGCUGCUGGAAUUCCUGACAUGUCCAUGUCCGCCCUGGUGAAGGAGCAGAUAGAAGGAAUCACUCCGCUCGCUAUCUCUCUCGUUACAGCCAAGAAGUUUGCAGUGGUGUUUGAUCAGGUGCAGAUCAGCAUGUUCUCCUACGAGCAGGCCGUAGCAGUGACCGCAGCCCAGCGUUCAGCUCUCAGCCCCGUACAGCAGACCGCUCUGUCCAUGGUGCUCAACCCGCUCGAGGACAAACCCGUGGAUUUCAGAGGCAGGUCAUUAGGAGUAACAGCUGAAGUCUGUCCUUUCUGCCGUGUCUGCAGUCUGCUGCUGUUCCUCCUGACGCUGAUUAUAUCAGACGCCUCGGGUGCCAGUACUUUUGGGAGCGCGUUUCCUGGUCACGUGGGUGAUCGGGGUGAGGGUGGUGGAGCGGGAGCGCGCGCCCUGGCACAUGGGGGGGCGGGAGCGCGCGCUCCACAGCUAUCCCGUCAUCAGCAGUGCACGCUAGGAGUCGUGAACGCGCACCUGCGUUCCUUCAGCUAG